ACUUAACGAUUUUUCGACUUCAUGAUGGGCUUAUCUGGACAUAUGUCAACCCAAGAAAAAGUCUACGCCACUGAAGUAUGAAGUUGGAGAUCUCAUCUGGGCAAAAUUCAAGAGACGUCCGUGGUGGCCCUGCAGGAUUUGUUCUGAUCCGUUGAUUAACACCCACUCAAAAAUGAAAGUAUCCAACCGGAGGCCUUAUCGGCAGUACUACGUGGAGGCCUUUGGAGACCCUUCUGAGAGAGCCUGGGUGGCUGGAAAAGCAAUCGUCAUGUUUGAAGGCAGACAUCAAUUCGAAGAACUACCUGUCCUUAGGAGAAGAGGGAAGCAAAAAGAAAAAGGCUAUAGGCAUAAGGUUCCUCAGAAAAUCUUGAGUAAAUGGGAAGCCAGUGUUGGUCUUGCUGAACAGUAUGAUGUUCCCAAAGGGUCAAAGAACCGAAAAUAUAUUCCCAGUUCAGUCAAGUUGGACAGUGAGGAAGAUAUGCCAUUUGAAGACUGCAUUAAUGAUCCUGAGUCAGAACAUGACUUGUUGCUUAAUGGCUGCUUGAAAUCCCUGGCUUUUGAUUCUGAACAUUCUGCAGAUGAGAAGGAAAAGCCUUGUGCUAAGUCUAGAGCCAGAAAGAACUCUGAUAAUCCCAAAAGGACUAGUCUCAAAAAGGGCCACAUGCAAUUUCAAGCACAUAAGGAGGAACGGAGGGGAAAGAUUCCAGAGAACCUUGGCCUAAACUUUAUCUCUGGGGAUGUAUCUGAUAAGCAGGCCUCUAAUGAACUUUCCAGGAUAGCAAACAGCCUCAGUGGUUCUAGUAGUGCCCCGGGAAGUUUUUUAUUUUCUUCUUGUGGAAAAAACACUGCAAAGAAAGAAUUUGAGACUACAAAUUGUGACUCUCUUUUGGGCUUGUCUGAGGGUGCCUUGAUCUCGAAACGUUCUGGGGAGAAGACCAAACCCCAGCGUAGUCUGCUGGGCAGUUCAAAAGUACAGCUCUGCUAUAUUGGAGCGGGUGAUGAGGAAAAGCGAAGUGAUUCCAUUAGUGUGUGUACCACUUCUGAUGAUGGAAGCAGUGAUUUGGAUCCUGGAGAACACAGCUCAGAGUCUGAUAACAGUGUCCUUGAGAUUACGGAUGCUUUUGAUAGAACAGAGAACAUAUUAUCUAUGCAGAAAAAUGAAAAGAUAAAGUAUUCUAGGUAUCCUGCCACAAACACUAGGGUAAAGGCAAAACAGAAGUCUCUCAUUGGCAGCUCACACACAGACCACUUAAUGGAUUGUACUAAGACAGCAGAGUCUGGAACUGAGAUUUCUCAGGUUAACCUUUCUGAUCUGAAGUCAUCUACUCUUGUCCACAAACCCCAGUCGGAUUUUAGAAAUGAUGGCUUCUCUCCAAAAUUCAGCACACCAUCAAGCAUUCCCAGUGAGAACUCACUAAUAAAGAGUGGGGCAUCAACUCAAGCUCUGUUACAUUCAAAAAACAAACAGCUUAAAAUCCAAAGUAUAAAGUGCAAACAUAAAGAAAAUCCAAUUGUGGUAGAAGCUCCAGUUACAAAUGAGGACUGCAGUCUGAAAUGCUGCUCUUCUGAUACCAAAGGUUCUCCUUUGGCCAACAUUUCUAAAAGUGGGAAAGUGGAUGGUCUAAAACUACUGAACAACAUGCAUGAGAAAACCAGGGAUUCAAGUGACAUAGAAACAGCAGUGGUAAAACACGUUUUGUCAGAAUUGAAGGAACUCUCUUACAGAUCCUUCGGUGAGGAUGUCAGCGACUCUGGGACAUCAAAGCCAUCAAAACCGUUACUUUUCUCUUCUGCUUCUAGUCAGAAUCACAUACCUAUUGAACCAGACUACAAAUUCAGUACGUUGUUAAUGAUGUUGAAAGAUAUGCACGAUAGUAAGACAAAGGAGCAACGGCUGAUGACUGCUCAAAACCUGGUCUCUUAUCGGAGUCCUGGUCGUGGGGACUGUUCUACCAGUAGUCCUGUCGGGGCUUCUAAGGUUAUGGCUUCAGGAGGCUCCACCCACAGUGCCAAUCCCGAAAGAAGUGGAGAGGGCACUCAGGACUCAGCGAAUCCUAGCCAUAGUGGGGGUGAGUCUGCACUAUCUGAGGAGUUGUCUGCCUCUCUACCUGGCUUAUUGGCUGACAGAAGAGACCUCCCUGCUUCUAGCAAAAGUCGUUCAAACUGUGUUACUAGGCGCAACUGUGGACGAUCAAAGCCUUCAUCCAGAUUGCGAGAUGCUUUUUCAGCCCAGAUGGGGAAGAACACAGUGAGCCGUAAAGCCUUAAAGACAGAGCGCAAAAGAAAACUGAACCGCCUUCCCGGUGUGACUCUGGAGACUGCCCUGAAGGGAAACUUGGAAAGAGGAGGCUUGUCAAGAGGUAGGGCAGAAGAUGCUGGUAAAGAGGAGUCCCUUCAGCGAAUGGAUCAUUUAGCAAGUCUAGAUGGUGCCCAUUUUUCGGAUGUUCAUUUUGAUAACAAGCCCAAACAGUCGGACCCUGAAAAAAUUCCUGAAAAGUGCCCCUCUUUUGAAAAUAGAAAGGGCCCAGGGCUGGACUGUGAAAUGAACAGCGAGAAUGAUGAACCCAGUGGUGUAAAUCAAGCCGUGCCUAAAAAGCGUUGGCAGCGGUUAAACCAAAGGCGCACUAAACCUCGUAAGCGCAAUAACAGAUUUAGGGAGAAAGAGAACUCUGAGUGUGCCUUUGGGGUCUUGCUUCCUAGUAACCCUGUACAGGAGGGGCGAGAUGAUUUUCCAGUGCGUAGGACUCCUCCUUUGACAAACAUCCGAGAGGAAUCAGUGACAGAUCUUAAGCAUGCUGACCACCUAGAUUCAGUUGGGCCACAGUCGAAUGUUUGUGAGAAAUCCAGCGCCAGCAUUGGGGACAUUGACAAGGAGCCAGGAAUUCCCAGUUUGACACCACAGGCUGAGCUCCCCGAACCAGCUGUGCGGUCAGAGAAGAAACGUCUUAGGAAGCCAAGCAAGUGGCUUUUGGAAUAUACAGAAGAAUAUGAUCAGAUAUUUGCUCCUAAGAAAAAACAAAAGAAGGUACAGGAGCAGGUGCACAAGGUAAGUUCCCGCUGUGAAGAGGAAAACCUUCUAGUCCGAGGUCGUUCUAGUGCUCAGAACAAGCAGGUGGACGAGAAUUCUUUGAUUUCAACCAAAGAAGAGCCUCCAGUUCUUGAAAGGGAGGCUCCGUUUUUGGAGGGGCCCUUGGCUCAGUCAGAACUUGGAGGUGGCCAUGCUGAGUUGCCACAGCUGACCUUGUCUGUGCCUGUGGCUCCGGAAGUCUCUCCACGGCCUGCCCUUGAGUCUGAGGAAUUGCUAGUGAAAACACCAGGAAAUUAUGAAAGUAAGCGUCAACGAAAACCAACUAAGAAACUUCUUGAAUCCAAUGAUUUAGACCCUGGAUUUAUGCCCAAAAAGGGGGAACUUGGCUUUUCUAAAAAGUGUUAUGAAGCUGGUCACCUGGAGAAUGGCAUUACUGAUUCUUGCGCUGCGUCUCAUUUGAAAGAGUUUGGUGGGGGCACUGCCAAGGUAUUUGAUCAGCCGAGGAAGCGAAAACGACAGAGGCAUGCUGCCGCCAAGGUGCAGUGUAAAAAAGUGAAGAAUGAGGACUCACCAAAAGAGGCUCUGUGCUCAGAGGGAGAACUAGUGACACACAGGACGGCUGCAAGCCCCAAGGAGACUGUUGAGGAGGGUGUAGAACACGACCCUGGGCUGCCUGCCUCUAAAAAAAUGCAGGGUGAACGUGGUGGAGGAGCUGCACUCAAGGAGAAUGUUUGUCAGAACUGUGAGAAAUUGGGUGAGCUGCUGUUAUGUGAGGCUCAGUGCUGUGGGGCUUUCCACCUGGAGUGCCUUGGGUUAACUGAGAUGCCAAGAGGAAAGUUUAUCUGCAAUGAAUGUCGCACAGGAAUCCAUACCUGUUUUGUAUGUAAGCAGAGUGGGGAAGAUGUUAAAAGGUGCCUUCUGCCCUUGUGUGGAAAGUUUUACCAUGAAGAGUGUGUUCAGAAGUACCCGCCCACUGUCAUGCAAAACAAGGGCUUCCGGUGCUCCCUUCACAUCUGCAUAACCUGCCAUGCUGCUAAUCCAGCCAGUGUUUCUGCAUCUAAAGGUCGCUUGAUGCGCUGUGUUCGCUGCCCUGUGGCAUACCAUGCCAAUGACUUUUGCCUGGCUGCUGGGUCCAAGAUCCUUGCAUCUAAUAGCAUCAUCUGCCCUAAUCACUUUACCCCUAGGCGGGGCUGCCGAAAUCAUGAGCAUGUUAAUGUUAGCUGGUGCUUUGUGUGCUCAGAAGGAGGCAGCCUUCUGUGCUGUGACUCUUGCCCUGCUGCCUUUCAUCGCGAAUGUCUGAACAUUGACAUCCCUGAAGGAAACUGGUAUUGCAAUGACUGCAAGGCAGGCAAAAAGCCACAUUACAGGGAGAUCGUCUGGGUAAAAGUUGGACGAUACAGGUGGUGGCCAGCUGAGAUCUGCCAUCCUCGAGCUGUUCCUUCCAACAUCGAUAAGAUGAGACACGAUGUGGGCGAGUUCCCGGUCCUCUUCUUUGGGUCUAAUGACUAUCUGUGGACUCACCAAGCUCGAGUUUUCCCUUACAUGGAGGGCGAUGUGAGCAGCAAGGAUAAGAUGGGCAAAGGCGUGGAUGGGACGUAUAAAAAAGCUCUUCAGGAAGCUGCAGCGAGAUUUGAGGAAUUGAAGGCCCAAAAAGAGCUAAGACAGCUACAAGAAGACCGAAAGAAUGACAAGAAGCCACCACCUUACAAGCAUAUAAAGGUGAACCGUCCUAUUGGCAGGGUACAGAUAUUCACUGCAGACUUGUCCGAAAUUCCACGCUGCAACUGCAAAGCCACGGAUGAGAACCCCUGUGGGAUAGACUCUGAGUGCAUCAACCGCAUGCUGCUCUAUGAGUGCCACCCCACGGUGUGUCCUGCUGGCGGGCGCUGCCAGAACCAGUGCUUCUCUAAGCGCCAGUACCCAGAGGUGGAGAUCUUCCGCACGUUACAGAGGGGCUGGGGCCUGCGGACGAAAACAGAUAUUAAAAAGGGUGAAUUUGUGAAUGAGUAUGUGGGUGAGCUCAUAGAUGAAGAAGAAUGCAGAGCUCGGAUCCGUCAUGCCCAGGAACACGAUAUCACCAAUUUCUAUAUGCUCACCCUAGAUAAAGACCGGAUCAUUGAUGCUGGCCCCAAAGGAAACUAUGCUCGAUUCAUGAACCAUUGCUGCCAGCCCAACUGUGAGACCCAGAAGUGGUCGGUGAAUGGAGACACCCGCGUUGGCCUUUUUGCCCUGAGUGACAUCAAAGCAGGCACUGAACUUACCUUCAACUACAACUUAGAAUGCCUUGGGAAUGGAAAGACUGUUUGCAAAUGUGGAGCCUCAAACUGCAGCGGCUUCUUGGGUGUAAGGCCAAAGAAUCAGCCCAUUGCCACAGAAGAAAAGUCAAAGAAAUUCAAGAAGAAGCAACAGGGGAAGCGCAGGACCCAGGGUGAAAUCACAAAGGAGCGAGAGGAUGAGUGUUUCAGCUGCGGGGACGCUGGCCAGCUCGUCUCCUGCAAGAAGCCAGGCUGCCCAAAAGUUUACCACGCGGACUGUCUCAAUCUCACCAAGCGACCCGCAGGGAAAUGGGAGUGUCCUUGGCAUCAGUGUGACAUCUGUGGGAAGGAAGCAGCCUCCUUCUGUGAGAUGUGCCCCAGCUCCUUUUGCAAGCAACAUCGAGAAGGGAUGCUUUUUAUUUCUAAGCUGGAUGGGCGCUUGUCUUGCACUGAGCAUGACCCCUGUGGGCCCAACCCUCUGGAACCGGGGGAGAUCCGUGAGUACGUGCCUCCCCCCGUCCCACGGCCUCCAGGGCAAAACACUCACCUGGCAGAGCCGUCACCAGGCCUGGCUGCUCAGGGGCCCAGGAUGUCUGAUAAGCCACCUGCUGAUACCAACCAGAUGCUGUCAUUCUCCAAACAAGCUCUGGCAGGGACUUGUCAGAGGCCACUGCUACCUGAAAGACCUCUCGAGAGAACUGACUUCAGGCCCCAGCCUUUAGAAAUGGUCAGAGACCUUGCUGGGUCAGGGACCAAACCCCAAUCCUUGGUAUCCAGCCAGAGGCCGCUGGACAGGCCACCUGCAGUGGCAGGACCAAGACCCCAGCUAUCUGACAAACCUUCUCCAGUGACCAACCCAAGCUCCUCACCGUCAGUCAGGUCCCAACCACUGGAAAGACCUCUGGGGACAGCUGACCCAAGGCUGGAUAAAUCCAUAGGUGCUGCCAGCCCAAGGCCCCAGUCACUGGAGAAAUCCCCAGUCCCCACUGGCCUGAGACUUCCGCCGACAGACAGACUGCUCAUUACCAGCUGUUCCAAACCCCAGACUCCUGACAGGCCCCCAGAGAAAUCCCAUGCUUCUUUGUCCCAGAGACUCCCACCUCCUGAAAAAGUACUCUCCGCUGUGGUCCAGACCCUGGUAGCUAAAGAAAAAGCACUGAGGCCCGUGGAUCAGAACACUCAGUCCAAAAACAGAGCUGCUUUGGUGAUGGAUCUCAUCGACCUCACUCCUCGCCAGAAGGAACGGGCAGCCUCUCCUCACGAGUCCACAUCACAGGCUGACGAGAAGAUGCCGGUGCUGGAGCCGACCUCUUGGCCUGCCAGCAAAGGGCUGGGGUCUAUGCCGCGAGCUAUUGAGAGAGGCAGCACGUCAGACCUUCUUCUCCAGCCACCCGGGAAGGCGGUCGCCCCUUCAGAGCACCCUUGGCAAGCUGUGAAGUCACUCACCCAGGCCAGACUUCUUUCCCAGCCUCCUGCCAAGGCUUUCUCAUUUGAGCCAGCACCCCAGGCCUCGGGAAGGGCUCCUGCAGGGGCUGAGCAGGCCCCAGGGCCACUGGGCCAAGCCCCAGGCCUGGCGAAGCAGGUGAAGCAGAUGGUCGGGGGCCAACAGCUCCCUGGACUUGCUGCCAGGGGUGGGCCGUCGUUUAGGUCUCUUGGGAAGGUCCCAGCCUCCCUCCCCACUGAAGAGAAGAAGUUGGCAGCCGCAGAGCAGAGGCCCUGGGCCCUGGGAAAAGCCUCACCACGGGCAGGGCUCUGGCCUGUGAUGGCUGGACAGACACUGGCACAGUCUUGCUGGUCAGCCGGGAGCACGCAGACAUUGGCACAGACUUGCUGGUCUCUUGGAAGAGGGCAAGACCCCAAACCAGAGCAAAACACACUUCCAGCUCUUAACCAGGCUCCUUCCAGUCACAAGUGUGCAGAGUCAGAACGGAAGUAACACCAGUAAAUGUCACGUGGACAGCAAGCUACCCCAGGGUACCAUUUGGGGAGGGGAAAUCUUUUUUCUUUCUUUUUCCCCCUUAAAAACAGACCUGCCCCAACACUUUCCCACUGUUACUCUUUCCUUACAUCCCAACACUCAGAACUCUUGUGACAUUAGCCAGUGGGGGCUUGUGGUUGUGUGAACCAUAUGUGGAAAUCCCAGUGGGCCCCAGCGAAGGAGACAGACAGACUUGAGUCUCUUUCUCCCAACUUUUACACAUGGUCAACGUGAAAUAAAAAGUCCACUCUGGAGUCAAGCAUGGAAUUCAAUUCCGCUGGUCAGGUUGGAAGGUGUAGGGGCUCUCCCAGCGAUCUGCCCGGUCCACGGAGCCCCAUCGAGGGUGUGUGAUGAACCCUCGGGAGGAACUGAUGUUCGUCGAAUUGGUGGCGACUUCUGAGCAUUCACGUGUUCUGGGCUGGGUGCUAGUCACUAUGGGAGAUAACAGAGAUCAAUACAGUCUGACCUGCCUGCCUGGGUUCCAAGGUUGUUUACAAGAACCUUUGACCAGGAGUAACAGGAAGUUCUGAGGGGCCCUGGGGCUUUCGGCUCAUUCUGAAAUGUCCUUUGUCACACCAGAAGUGGUGGUGUUGCUGAAGUGUCCCCAGUCGGGGCGUGCACAGGUGCAUGUGCAUGCACGCACGCACGCUCGCUCGCUUGCUUGCUCGCACAGGUCUGCAGCCAAAGGGUGCUGCGUCCAGGCUGCCCGAGGCUGUCGGCUGCGGCGGCUGCUGCCGCUUCUGUCCGGGCUGUGCCGUGUCGGAAGAUCUGCCUUGGAGGAGCAGGUGGUUAAGGGGAGCAGGGCUCCACAAAAGCGGAGCUUUCCAGCAGCGGAAGAAGAUGAUUGGCAAGCUUACCUUUCUUUUCUACCUAUUUUCCUCCUUUUACAUGAACCCCAUCCCCAUUCCCCAGACACUCAGGUGCUUUCAGAUCCAGUCUUGGGCAGUGGACAUAGGGAAUCUCUGGCAAGCUCUGAGCUGGCCACACCAGUUUUGGGAAGAGUACCAGAUGCGGAUGGGAAGUUACUUUUCCCUAGUCCUUGGCCCUCCUUACUGUGGGAGGGAGUCCCCUUCGCCUCCCUGAGAAGUGCUGUGCUCUCUGCUAAGGGCACCUGCCUGCUGACCUGGCUCAGAGGCAAGCCAGAAGCCUUCCCCUAAGACUGGCAAGACACGGUGUUUAGUGCGCUGUCCAGGCUGAGAGGUGACUCCUCAUAACUGCUGAUUAUCUGUUACUGCUGCCCUGAGCUGGGACCGAGGGCUGGGAAAUCUGUCGGUGCUACCCUGCCCUGCCACCCGCCCAGCUCACAGACUGCCAACAGGAAGUGCUGCUUGAUUCGUUCCCUCCUCCUCGCCCCUCCUCCUUUGUCUGCAGACCACCGUGUUACCUCUCCGCUUUGCCAACCUAGCCAGCAGCUUUAGCCAACAGGCCGUCCCCGGCCCUCGUGUCUCCUGCCGGUCUGUCCUGGGUGUGGCCUUUACACCUUCAACAGGACUCUGGAUUUGGUCCCAAUUUCCUCCUCGCAAGUUCCUGUUGAGGUUACUCCCAUCACUUCCAAGGAGGGAACAGUAGUGGUUUUAGAAGCAUUUGCGCUUUAUAUAAAGACUAAAAAUAGAAUCUGCUUUUAUUUCCCAAAGUCUGUCUCUGAGGUUGAGACACUUGAACUCAGGCAGAGGGACGAGGCUGGGCAGCGCUAUCCCGAGUUGAGGGGCCUCUCCCUGCGUUUCACCGAGACCUCGGAAUCGCCUCUGAAUUCCCCCUGCCUAGUUCUCCCCUCUAGUCCCCUCUCCCCACGUCACCAGAGAGGAAACGCUCUUUGUUCAAAAGGAAGAGAAGGCGUAAAGCAUCUUAUUUUCUUUUAAAAGAAUUUUAAACCAUGAAAAAGAUAUUUUUAAAGAAAUUCACCAGAACGUUAAAGUUCGUUAUAUUAAGUAUUUAUCAUGUGUGAGAAUAAUAAAUAUAUAACUGCAGCUAGUAGGUCCCAUCCCCUGAUCCCUUAGGUCGUAUGAAUAGGGUUUGCCUGGUGCCAGUCCUGUGCCCUUUUCUCUCCUGUCAUCCAUAGUCGUGACCAGAAAAAGAUAUCUGCACUGCACUGUCGGAAUUUCCUUGACUAUGUUGUGUGUUCAAUUACCGUAGCUCUUUGUUUCAUGAAAUAAACUGUGAAUUUGGGGGUGGGGGGCGUGCAGGCUCUGUAAAAAAUUUUAAUUGGAGAAGUCUGAUCCUGAAGUAGCUUCUCCAAGUAGGCUUUGGUAGAUAAUUGAUUUGACAGUGGCCUAGAUUCGUCUCGCAGAACAGGAGGGAACUAGGGAGAGGGAGCCGGGACUGGCCGCUUCGUGGUUUGUUUUGGUUCUUUCCAUUGUCCGCCAUUCACUGGAGGCUUCGAUUCAGACCUGCCUGGGAAACAGCUGCUGAGCCGUAUUUGGUUUUGGGGGGCAGUUCUUUAUCUUAAAGGACAGACAGCCAGGCUUCCACCCAGGGCUACUGAACCUAAAAAUCUGAGCUGCUGGACCCCAUGGCAGCAUCUGGUAUUGGUUCGCCAAAAUCAUGAAUGCAGUCGCCACCCAAUCAGAAGCAGACUUGGAUAACAGUGGGAAGGGAGACUGUCAGUGAAGGUCAAGGGCAAGACGUUGUCAGCCCCGGGGGUGCUUCUGCUGAAGCCUGUAUUGGGACCCAUUUUCCAAAGGGGUGUAUGUUGCAGUUAAAAGGACAUCUGUCUUAGAACCCUCUGGUCCUUGGGCAGGAUGGUGUCUGGGUGUUGGGUCAGUGCUUGCGAGUGGAGAUCUCAAGAAAGUCUGCCCCUGAGCUGGCUCCCCAGGACGCCUCUCCAGGGGAACCAAAGGCUGGCAUGCUCCCUGGGUAGCUAGAAGCCCAGUACCUCUGCUAGCCUCGUUAAGUCAGGAAAAAACCGGGAGCUGUUGAAAUUUGCGUUCAAAGCCUCCUUUGCUUCUGCUGGAGCCAGCCUGGUCCAGUGGUGAAACAGCACUGCUGCAAAAGCAUCUGCCAUUUUAAACAUCUGCUUUCCCCUAAAACAGAGUCGAAUAUGACUUAAGUCACUGUGUUGGUCUUCUGAACCAAAUCCGCAUCUUCGGCAUUGAUGGAAACUAUUGUUUUACUCUUCACCCCCUCCACCCCGCACUACGGUCAGGGCAUAAGGCGUAAGGCGUCCUAGCCAUCUCGGCCUAGGCUCAGCCCCGUCAGCUCACUGAUUGGACUCCCAGGUUGCGGUCCUAGCGUCGCUUCGUGGGAGCAGAAUGUCAGGAAGUCUCGGCCUGGCAGCUUCCCCCGUGGAGAAUGAUCAGGAGAACAUGGAGCUCGGGUGGGCUUUACCCUGAGCUCCCAUAAAGCGGGUUUUCUCCUAAGGCUUGUCUUGUGGAUGUUGUCACCCUCUUGGGGUUUGUCAGUCAGGAGGUCAGAGGGACCCAGUGUCCUAGCCUCUGAGAUCAUGGCAGGAAAAAAGCUGCCUCCAGCUUCUUCCCUGCUGAGUCCCGUGUAAGCGGUUCCUUGUGUAGACAUUCCAGAUCCCUUAGAGCUGGCAGCUGCUGCGGGAGCCUUUACAGCCCAUGGCCAGCUAGCUCUCAGCUGAGCUUCCGAGGGCCAGUGCCGCAGGGCCAGAGGUUGCUGUAGUGUAAAUUGAAAUAAGAAUAGAUUGCUGUUUUGUACACACACAAAAAUGUAAUGAUGGUGCUAAUUUCAUGGUGUAAAUAAGCACUGCCAAGGCUUGAGGAACUGGCAGUUUAAGAAAUCUGGUUUCCUGUUUUGGAGGAAGAGAUUUUAUGGAGAAAGGUUUCUUAGAGGCUCUGUUGGAGGUGCAGAGAGGGUAGAGCCUCAGUGAAGCCUGCACCCAGCUAGGGGCUGGCCCAGCUCAGGCCAGAGGCGGAAGAGGACCCGUAUGCAGAUAAAGGUGGCCAUUUGCAAUUCCCAGGGCUGGGGUCACCUUGGCCAUAACCUCCGUCCACGCUGCCUGGGCCAGGCUGAUAGAGAGCUCUCUGGUCCUUUCUGCCCCCCUCUACCUCUUACGCUUUCGUGGAAGCACCUCUGUUGCGUGUGAAGAUUGAGGGUACUAUUUCUAAGGAUGUGGAAAGAAUUUAUUUUAAUUAGAAGCCCGCAGCCUCGGAAAAAGCGUUUCCUACCAACAUGAGCAAAAGUAGCACAUGCCGAGCUCUGUGGUCCCUUCUGUAGAGCUGCUCUCCGUUGAUUUUAAAACAUGAGGCUGUCGAGGGGCUUCAAGUGUGAGACCCUGAAGUUAAGCAAAGCUUUGCGGGCAGGUGAGCACAGCGAGGAGCGGUUCUGGUGCUGGCGACGCCGGGUUUGGGCAGGGCAGGGCAGGGGGGGCGUUCCCCAGCUCCGAGGGGGUGCUGCCUGUGCGGUGUCGGUGAGUGUGCAGAGGUGCACGUGCAGCACAGGGGCCCACGGCAGAGCAGCUUCUUAGGUCUCGGCAAAGAAGCCUGCUGGCGAAAGAGAUCGAGCUUUAUAUUUUCAAGAAGGGGGUGGGCGGGGGCCGCCAAGACCCAUUGUUGUUUUUUGCCCCCCAGCCCCGUAGAUCGUCAGCUGUAAGAGAAACUCCUAGUGAAAGAGGGGAGCCCUGUGCUAGGAGUCCCCCUAAACAUGUACUGUAAUUCUUUGUAUAUAGAAAAAAAUUACUGUAAAGUAAAGUUUAACUUUACUCAUA